AUGACAUCCUCAACACCACCAACGAAACUUGAGAUGUUUACCACCCGCCUGGAAGUUCGCGUUCCUGCUACUUUGGCAACACCUGAUUACUAUUCCGAGCUUACAAGCAAACUGAAAUCAGCUGUUGCUGAUGAUGCAUUUAACCAUCUGGAUUCCAGAGUUUACCUGGAGUACAUUAGACUCUAUAUAAAUGCCAUCAGUGAAUUGGCCGAGUUAUGCCUUGGCAGUGUGCUCUUAGAGUCUCUUUCCGGGUUGAAUUUGGCGGCUUAUAUGCUCAACUCGCUCAUGCACCGGGAAGAUACCUCCAACAUCGAUGCCAAUGCUUUUGUUCCCGUUGGGGAAACGAUCAUGUUUGGUCAUACGUUCGACAUGGCUCGAAUGAGAAAAGUGUUUUCGGAUCCAAAUGUUCACGAAAUAGUGUCCAGAAGAACAACUGGUUUUGAAUUUCCAGCAAUUACGCUUGGUCCUCUUCGGGUGUAUUCCGAGUGUUUCACCGGUAGUGUGAUCCCUGUGGAAG